UCCCUCUCCCUUCCUAUUUUCCUAUUACCGGUAUGAAGGCACUCCACCCCUCUCUUUCUCUCUAAAAAUUCAAAUUGGAGAACCCUAGUGCCAAACCUCCUUUGAACGCAGCCGCAGCAGCCACCAUCCCUCCUCGGUCAUCGCCGAACUCUUCUCCUCCGGGGACAGACCGUGGGUGCUGCGUCUCGUGUGGAAGCUCUGUUCGGCGGUUUGGCCCUCUUUGAUUCGUUCCUCCUGUCGUCGCCGUCGUAGGAAGCUCUCCUCUCCUCUCAUCCGGGCUCUCUCUCUCUCUGUCUUUGCCGGCAGUUCCCAUUCCUCCGUCAGACCGUCACCGUCACGAAGGUCGAGCUCGUGGCGUCGCCGAGCUCAACGGCCCUGUUUUGAGCUCUCUCUCCCCGUCCGAGAUCACUUCCUUUCUUCUGUCGCUGUCACUUUCCAUUCCUCCGUCACCGUCACUACCCUUCCUUCCUCGCGUCGCAAUUUUUUUCCGAUACUAUAAUCAUGUAUUUGAGAGAUGGGUGUUCCUUGUUGUUAAAAGUGCGCAAGCCUUCAAUUCCCUUGGUGCUUAACACGAACCCAAUUUUCAAUCUUGAAAGUAAUUCCCAACCUCAACCCACUAAUGCUCCUUCUGUUGAAGAGUUCCAUGUAUUGAAGAGAUUGAAACAUGAGAGAGAUAUUGGUUUGGCACUUGAAUAUUUCAAGUCUUUGGCCAAUUCUGGAGCUUUCAAGCAUACUCAAUUUACAUAUCAGCUCAUGAUUGAGAAGCUUGGGAGAAACUGUGAAAUGGAUGGUGUUCAGUAUCUAUUGCAGCAGAUGAAGCUUGAAGGUGUGGCUUGCUCUGAAGAUUUGUUCAUAUGUGUGAUGAAUUCAUAUAGGAGAGCAGGGUUGGCUGAUCAAGCUUUAAAGAUGUUUUAUAGGAUAAGGGAAUUUGGGUGCAAGCCCACAGUUAAGAUAUACAAUCACCUUUUAGAUGCAUUGCUUGGUGAAAAUAGGUUUCAGAUGAUUAGUCCUGUGUAUAACAACAUGAAGGGUGAAGGGUUGGAACCAAAUGGGUUCACAUAUAACAUGCUUCUCAAGGCAUUAUGUAAGAAUGGGAAGGUGGAUGGUGCCUGCAAGCUGCUUGAAGAAAUGUCGAAUAAGGGUUGUCCUCCAGAUGCUGUGAGUUACACUACUAUAGUGUCUUCUGUUUGUAAACUUGGUCAAGUAGAGAAGGCAAAGGAGCUAGCCAAGGGGUUUGCUCCUGUAGUACCUGUCUACAAUGCUUUGAUCAAUGGCUUUUGCAAAGAAUACAAAAUAAAGGAGGCAUUUUGUUUGUUGAAUGAGAUGGUGUUUAAGGGCAUUGACCCAAAUGUUAUCAGUUACUCUACUAUUAUCAGUUGUCUUUCUGAUAUGGGAAAUAUUGACUUGUCUCUUGCUGCUUUUGCACAAAUGCUUGAGAGAGGAUGCAGCCCUAAUAUUCAUACUUAUUCUUCGCUCAUAAAAGGCUAUUUAUUGGGAGGGAAACUUGGUGAAGCUCUUGAAUUGUGGAACCUUAUGAUUAUGGAGGGAAUUAAGCCGAAUGUUGUUUCAUACAAUGCCCUCAUACACGGUUUGUGCCGCAUUGGGAAUAUGGCUGAUGCCAUAUCUAUUUGUAAUCAGAUGGAGAAAAGCUCUUGCAGUCCAAAUGUGACCACAUAUAGCACUUUAAUAUCCGGUUUCGCAAAAGCUGGGGACUUGCUAGGUGCCUCUGCAAUAUGGAACAAGAUGAUAAAUUGCGGUUGCCAUCCUAAUGUUGUGGUAUACACCACUAUGGUGGAUGUUCUUUGUCAAAUGUCUAUGUUUAACCAAGUUCAUAGUCUUAUUGAAAAUAUGGUUGCUGAUGGUUGCCCACCAAAUGUUGUCACAUUCAACACAUUGAUCAAGGGCUUGUGUGCUAACGGAAGAGUAGAAGGGGCCAUGAGUGUACUUCAUCAGAUGGAGAAAUAUGAUUGUUUGCCUAAUAUUAGAACAUAUAAUGAGUUGUUGGAUGGUCUUUUUAGGGUGAACAGAUUCAGAGAAGCUUGUGGACUUAUAAAGGAUAUUGAAGACAGGAAUGUGGAACUAAAUACGAUCACUUACAACAUUAUUAUGCAUGGAUUUUCUUCUGUUGGGAUGCAAGAACGGGUUUUCCAAAUUCUGGGGAAAAUGUUGGUGAAUGGAGUAAAUCCCGACGCCAUUACAGUCAAUGUAAUUAUUCAUGCAUAUAGUAAGUUGGGUAAGGUUAGAACUGCCAUGCAAAUUUUGGAUAAAUAUACUGAAGAAAAGGAGUUGUAUCCAGACAUAAUAUCACAUACUUGUAUCUUGUGGGGUAUUUGCAAUUGGUUAGGCACUGAAGAAGCCGUUGUGUAUCUUCAUAAUAAGAUGUUGAGUAAAGGAAUCCUUCCCAAUGUUGCCACUUGGGAUGUGUUAAUUCGAGGUUUCUUUAACAACAUGGGUCAUAUGGGACCAACACGUAUCUUGGAUGAUAUCUUGGGAAAUGGAUGACAAGCAAUUUCAGAUUCUUUAAUGAUUGAAUAAUGAUGGCCUUAAAUUAUGGUAA